GAAAAGAAUAAGUAUGGAAUAUUCAACACUGGUAGGGUAGGAAAAGUUAUGGGUCGUUUGCAAAUCGCCUUACGCGGCAGAUUCGCUGUACUAUGUGGUCUGGUAUCUCUUUUUAGACUAUGUUGACACGCCUGACAUUAUAAAUGUCCCAUUCAAACUACCAUGUUCGUACUGCAUGUACACUGAGACUGCAACACACGUAGACUGAAAUAAACUGAAACCGAAAGCGCAGCAACAGAUCCACAGGCAACAAAACAGGCGCCGAUUGCCGUCUUUGGCAUUUUCGGGAAAAGGAUUACAGAGUGCAAUAAAAGUGUUUAGCCGUCUUGUUUGGUUUCCAGUAUUAUUUAUGCAGCUCCAAUGACAAUUAUUUGAAAUGGUCAUGUGACCCGGCAGCACUGCAUUCAGAGUUUCUCUUCCUCCAGUUACGCACUGGACCCUGACAUGGCACUGUCUCGGUGUAUGUUUUUGGUAGUCGUUGGUGAAUUCACCCUGCUGUUUUCUGCUGCGAAUGUCCAGUUGAAUUGCCAGCAUGAAAACUUUGGGAUAUCAAGGCAGAACUCGAUCAUCAAUUGCUCAGUGAAGGGAGCUGAGGCUUCGGACGUAGACAUAGUCGUUGUGAUUUGGAAAAAGGGUAAAUCCACUGUGCUAAUGUACUACAAAAAAAACAUAACAAGGAGUGAGCAGCGAUUUAAAUUCGCCGAGCAGAGCUGGGAUACCAGAAACAGGAACGUGUCAUUGUUGGUGACGGACACCCGGGUGGCAGACGAAGGCCAGUAUCAGUGUCAUGUGAUUACUGACAGUGGUGAGGCUGAGGAGGACACCAGUCUUAAAGUCCGCGCUAGGUACUCAAAGGCAGUAAUGAGCUCCAUUCCUGAGAAGGAUAUAAGGGAGAACCUGAAGGUGGAGAUCUUCUGUAAUGCCUCAGGGGGUUACCCAGCUGGUGUAAUUCACUGGUAUGACCAGUACAACACAGACUGGACCAGAAGCGCCAAGACAGAUGUGGUGCAGACUGAGGACAGGCUCUUCAACUUGACGAGCAAGCUGACAGUCCUGCAAGCAUCGUCCAUCUCCCUGGGAUACAGAUGUGUGGUGUUCAACAGCAACGGACAGCAGGAAGCAGAGGCGGAAUAUAGUCUCCCAUUUGCCGUAGUUGACCCAGAGAAGGAACACCAAGAGGGGGACAGACACACCCUGACUCUCACAGCCAUCCUCGUGGUCGUCGGGUCGCUGAUCUGCGGAGUGUUGAUCCUGAUGCUGCUCAGGAAGAGGCGUUCUUGGCGUGAGCGUAGCCACCUGACCCUGGGUUAUCAUCAGAACAGUUCAGAAGAGGCAUCUGCGUGAUUUUACCUCUAGGCUCUGUGGACGGAUGAAGAAAAUCGGAAAUUUCCUGAAAGUCUGGAGAUUGUCAGUCUGGAGAUCGUCAGUCUGGAGAUUAAGUACACUGAUACUGAAAGCAUCUUUAUUCCCAUUUCAGAAAUACUUUGGUAUAAUGUCAAUCUGUCUUCAUUAUACUUGUCAUUCAACUAACUGUAGUCAGGUUAUGGGUGUAAUCAUAACACCUAGCUCAUGUGCUUCACUGAAUUGUAGAAGAACUAUGAAAUAUAAUUGCUCCUGUAUGGUGAAUUUAUUAUUCAAAUAGUGGAUGAACAUCUUAAACGUUUUGAAAAGCCAUGUUUUCACCAUUGUACAUAUAAAUGUUAUUGUUCAUAAAUCAGAUUAGUAAAAGAAUCACCUUUUGUAAUUUUGAACAUUUUCUAUAGAAAAUAAGCACUUACAUUUUUAUAAGUGUCUUUUAUUCUGUGUGCAAUAGAGCUAACGUUUUUUUACGUGUGAAAAAAAUCUUUUGUACAUUUCAUGUAUUUUUAACCGAUAUUUGAACAUUGGUUCGAACACGUUGUGAAAAAUUCUGUCUGUAAUUAAAGUGCCUGUCUUUAAAAAUA